AUGACCACAGGGACAACUACCCUGGGGCAGCCCCCUCCUGACACCUUCACAUCCCGAAUCUUAUUGGGAGCCCUGAGGGAUCCCAUGUUGAGACGUCCCCCACCUGGGACCCCCUUCUACAAUGCCCCUCCCGAGGACCCCCACCAUGGAGUCUCACCUCUGGAGUCCCCAAAAACUCCCCCAGCGAUACAUCCCAAGAUGGGGGUCCCCUUCCUGACUUCAGCUCCCUCAGAUUAUUGCCCCAACCCUCCCGAUGCUUUCCCCAAAAUCCCACGCCAGGAUUCCCCACUUGGUUUGGGACCACCCUCCCCCCCGAAGUUUUGGGGUCCCGUCCAGCCCCUCCUCUUUCCUGCAGAAGUGCUGGUGCCGAGCUCAGUGGGGACCAUCCGUGAGGCGCUCGUCCGGCACUGGGGGGACUGGCUGGGGCGUCCCAGCAGUUACCUGGGGUCGCUGGUGUCACGGGGGGGCCGGGACCUGGCACUGGGAGGCCCCUGCCCCGGCUGGCGGCAGCAGCGGGGAGCAGUGCGGGGGGCACUGGCUCGGGCUGGGGGGCGUCUCGGGCCCCUUCUUUGGCUGCAGGGCCAGGAGUUGUGUGAGGAGCUGCGUUCCCAUGGGGAGGCCCCCCUGGACCCCUCUGAGGUUUUCACCUUCCAUACCUGCAGCACCAUCGCACGCCUCCUCUUUGGGGAUCUGGUGCCCCCUCCGGGGGAGCUCCGGGCCUUCUCCCGCUGCUUGGGGGAGCUGCUGCAGGUUUGGGGGCGCAGCAGUGUACAGGUGCUGGACCUGCUGCCCCUGCUGCGGGCCCUGCCCAACCCGGGAUUGCGGAAGCUGCUGCAGCUCGUCCAGCACCGUGAUGCCUUUGUGGAGGCUCAGAUCCAGCGGCACCAGGCGUGCCCCUCCCCUCCCGUGGACACAGUUUUGGGGGCGCUGCUGGGGCGUAAUUCUGGGGCACGGGGGGGCCCCCUGAGCCCCCCCCGGCUGCACAUGGCGCUGGUCGACUUGUUCAUUGGGGGCACUGAGACCACGGCGGCUGCUCUGGGCUGGGCUGUGGCCUUCUUGCUGCACCGCCCUGAGACACAGCACACCUGUGCUCCACCUGUGCAGCUGCAGGCGCGGCUGCGGGCGGAGCUGGAGGGGGCACAGGGACCCCCUGGGCCAGGGGACAUGGGGCGCCUGCCCCUUCUCCAGGCCACUGUCAGCGAGACCCUGCGGCUGCGGCCCCCUGCGCCCCUGGCGCUGCCCCACUGCGCCCUGCGCCACACCAGUCUUGGGGGGCUCCCCGUGGUGGCUGGCACUGUUCUGGUCCCCAACCUGCUGGCAGCCCAACAGGACCCUGACAUCUGGCAGCACCCGGAGGUCUUCCUGCCUGAGCGGUUCCUGGCCCCGGGCGCCCCGGCGCGGUCGCUGCUGCCGUUCGGCUGCGGGGCGCGAUCGUGCCCGGGGGAGGGGCUGGCGCGGGCCGAGCUCUUCGUGUUCCUGGGGCUGAUCCUGCGGGAGUUUCGGGUCAGUGCAGAGCGGGAGGACCCCAUUUAUCUCCUCCCAGUAAAAUUUAUACUUUUGACCCCAUCCUGCAAGUCGCGGGUCUUCCUGGAACCCCCAAAACUUCGGAACCUCAGCCCGGUGUACAUGGAUUUUCUUUCUUUUCCUCUUUAA